CCGGUCAUUACGGAGCCGGCGGGGUGAUGAGCUUAAAAAGGGCCCCGGCAGCGGAAAGGCAUCCUCCUCCCCAUCCCAAAACCGAAACAGGAUUCCAUUAAAGCCCUCUUCCACUUCCAGCUGCCGCGGGGCAUCACCGCCACUUUGACCCUCCCUCCACCCCAAUUGCCCCUCCUCGAGCAUCCAUUCCUCCUCCUCCUUCGCCCCCAAGCCUCCUCCUCCUCCUCCUCCACCUCCUCGCCAUUCUCCUAUAAGUGCCGCGUCUCCGGCUGCUCUCGAUUUGGCGCGUAAAGGAACGACGCGCCUCGGCUUGGGCGGCGGUUCUUGGACGGCUCCAUUUCUUGCGGCGGCAAUGGACGGCAGGGCCGGCGGCGGCGGUAGCGGCGACUACAUUUCCAGCCUCCUCACCUCGUCGCCGAUGCUCGACUUCGGUGUGCUGGACGGCGCCGUGGCGGCGGGCGGGGACUGCCUGGAGAAGUUCUGCGGCGACCCGGGGUUCGCGGAGCGGGCGGCGCGGCUGUCCAGCUUCAACGGGCAGCACUUCACGCCAGGGCUCUUCGGGAUGCCGCCGCCGGCGCCCGGCGCGGGCAACGGUGAGUUCGGCGGCUCGCGGGAGGCGUCUUCCGUGUCAGACCCUGCCUCGGCGAUGAAGGACGCCAAUGCCAAGAAGAGGAAGGCGCCCGCGGGCAAAGGCAAAGCCAAGGAGCCUUCCCUCAGCACCUCUUGCCAGGUCGGGGAGCAGAAGGAGUCGGACGGCAAGAGGUGCAGGACGGGCAACGCCGAGAAGAAGGUGAAGCCCAAGGCGGAGCAGGCCGGCAGCGACAGCUCGGUGGAGGACGGCGAGCAGAGGAAGGGCGGCAAGGGGAAGAAUGCCAAGCCGGUGGAGCCCCCCAAGGACUACGUCCAUGUCCGGGCAAGGAGAGGCCAGGCCACUGACAGCCACAGCCUGGCAGAGCGGGUGAGAAGAGAGAGGAUCAGUCAGCGGAUGAAAUUUCUCCAGGACCUCGUUCCAGGAUGCAACAAGGUGAUUGGCAAGGCACUGAUGCUUGAUGAGAUCAUAAACUACGUGCAGUCGCUUCAGCGGCAAGUCGAGUUCCUCUCCAUGAAGCUCGCAACCGUGAACCCGCUCGACUUCAGCAACCUGCCCACGCUCCUGCACAAAGACAUGUACGGCCCAUCGGCGAGCUCGGUGUUCUCGCUGGAGAGCUCCAGCUCGGCCUUCCCGUUCAGCGACCAAGGAGACGUCUUCCAGUCCUUCCUGCCCAACAGCAUGGAGAGCCAGUGCACCCUGAAUCAGCUGGACCUGGCUCUGUCUCAGGCCACCAACGCGGCGCAGUACGCCUUCCAGGAUGGGACGGCCACGGCCAGCACGAACCUGCAGCAGAGGAACUUCUGGGAGGAUGAUCUCCAGAGCGUUUUUCAUGUGGACAACAGGCAGAGCCAGGAUAACGGGGUUUCCGCAGAGAGCUUCCACGGUGAUCUGCAGGCAGGUCAGAUGAAAAUGGAGUUCUAGCCGGCGUCGCUGAAGGAAAAAAAAGGAUCGACAGUCUGUACAUAGGAAGAAUCAAGAAGACGGAAGCAGUGGCGCGUGAAGCUAUGGCUCUCAGCUCUGAAGCUAACAGUCUCUGUAAUUAGGCUCUACUACUAAGGGGCGAGUUUCUUGUGUCAUAUUCUGCCUCUAGGGCGGUGUGAUGUGAUUCCUCUAAUAUCGCUGGCACUGAUUAGUAUAAUUAUCGAUAUUAAGUAAAUUAAUAUAGCAGAACGAUCAGUUA